AUGUCCGGCAAGACCUACAAAAUCGCUGUGAUCCCAGGCGACGGCAUCGGCCAAGAGGUCAUGCCAUGCGGUCUCGCUUCCCUCCGCGCCGCCGCCAGCCGCUUCAACUUCACGCUCGACAUCACCAGCUUCGACUUUGCCUCGUGCGACUAUUUCGACAAGCACGGGACGAUGAUGCCCCCUGACUGGGUCGAAAUUCUCCGUCCGUUCGAUGCGAUCUACUUUGGCGCUGUGGGCGAUCCAGCUCGUCACCCGGACCAUAUCACCCUCUGGGGCUCGUUGCUGCAGAUGCGACGACAGUUCGAUCAGUAUGUCAACCUUCGACCUUGUCGACUGGUCAAGGGUGUUCCGUCCCCGUUGAAGGAUCCGGGGGAGAUCGACUUUUGGAUUGUCCGCGAGAACACCGAGGGCGAAUACAGCGAGGUGGGCGGUAAAAUUUUCGAAGGCACCGAACGAGAAGUUGUCAUCCAAGAAACCGUCAUGACGCGCAUCGGCGUGGAUCGUAUCCUCAAAUACGCCUUUGAUCUCGCCCGCACAACGAAACGGAAGAAGCUGACAAGCGCAACCAAGAGCAACGGCAUCAAAAUCACCAUGCCCUACUGGGACAGUCGGUUCCAUCUCAUGGCUAAGGACUACCCAGAGGUCAAAACCGAGCAGUUCCAUAUCGACAUUCUCAGCGCGCACUUUGUCGCCAAGCCCAGCCACUUUGAUGUGGUGGUAGGCAGCAAUUUGCACGGCGACAUUCUGAGCGAUUUGGGACCGGCCGUGACGGGCACGAUCGGCAUUGCGCCGAGUGGAAACAUCAACCCGGAAGGCAAGUGGCCGAGUUUGUUCGAACCGGUCCACGGGUCUGCGCCGGACAUUAUGGGGAAAGGGAUUGCCAACCCGGUGGGGAUGAUCUGGGCGGGACAGAUGAUGCUCUUGCAUUUGGGGGAGAAGGAGGCUGCGGAAGCGAUGUUGAGGGCGAUCGAUACGGUGCUGGGAAGAGCAGAUGGGAACGUGCUCACGCCAGACAUGAAGGGAAAGGGCACGACGCAGAAGCUGGGUGAUGCGAUCGCCGAGGCGGUUGCGACGGUGUGA